AUGAGUUUUGACAGAAGACCAAGUUUAAGUACUAGUCAAUCGAAUGACUUGAUCUUCAAAGAUCCCAAUUCGCCUCAUGUGCCGCGGCUCACGAGACGGUUGACCGGUUUCUUACCGCAAGAAAUUCGAGCCAUUGAUAGUAUUAUUCCAGCCGAAUCUCGCAAACUUUGGGAUGCCCACAAAGUGAAGAAGUUCAACGAACCCUCUGAAUUCCAAGACCGGUUCAUUUCGCAUGUCGAAUGGACACUUGCACGGUCACUCUACAACUGUGAUGAUCUAGCUGCUUACGAAGCGACGUCAAACUCGGUUCGUGACAAUUUAGUCAUCGACUGGAAUUUGACGCAACAACGUCAAACCGCAAGAGACAAAAAACGUGUCUACUAUUUGUCGUUGGAGUUUUUGAUGGGUCGUGCCCUGGACAAUGCUCUGAUUAACAUGCAGACCGACACGUCUUCCAGUGGAGAGUCAAGAGAAAUGGUCAAAGGAGCCAUUGGAGACUUGGGAUUCAAACUGGAGGACGUCUUGAAACAGGAACCCGAUGCGGCUCUUGGAAAUGGCGGGCUUGGUAGAUUGGCCGCUUGUUUUGUUGACUCUAUGGCCACGGGUGAUUAUCCAGCCUGGGGCUACGGUUUGCGCUACCAGUACGGAAUUUUUGCCCAAAAAAUCAUCAAUGGAUUCCAAGUCGAAACUCCGGACUAUUGGCUGAAUUUCCCCAACCCAUGGGAGAUUGAACGUUCCGAGAUUCAUGUGCCCAUCAAUUUUUACGGCUACGUGGACCGCUCCUCCAAUACGUCUACUUUAACGCCAGCCGAAUGGCUCGGUGGUGAGAGGGUCUUGGCAGUUGCAUAUGAUAUGCCAAUUCCAGGCUUCAAAACCUCUACCGUUAACAAUUUGAGACUUUGGAGCGCUAGACCCACUACUGAGUUUGAUUUUGCGAAAUUCAACAGCGGUGACUAUCGCAAUUCGGUCGAACAACAGCAAAGAGCGGAAUCGAUUACCGCAGUUCUUUAUCCGAACGACAAUUUUGAACAGGGCAAAGAGUUAAGACUAAAGCAACAAUAUUUCUGGUGUGCGGCUUCUCUACAUGACAUCGUCAGAAGAUUCAAGAAAACGAGAAGACCGUGGUCGGAGUUCCCAGACCAAAUUGCCAUCCAACUCAACGACACACAUCCCACGUUAGCAAUUGUGGAAUUGCAAAGAAUCUUAGUCGAUUUGGAAAAGCUAGACUGGCACGAGGCUUGGGGUAUUGUGACGGCAACAUUCGCUUACACCAACCACACGGUCAUGCAAGAAGCGUUGGAGAAAUGGCCUGUCGGUCUCUUCGGUCAUCUACUACCACGUCACUUGGAAAUAGUCUUUGAUAUCAAUUGGUUCUUCUUGAAGGAAGUAGAAGAAAAAUUCCCUCAUGAUGUCGAUCUUUUGUCCCGGGUUUCUAUCAUUGAGGAAUCUUCCCCUGAGAGACAAGUGCGCAUGGCGUACCUUGCAGUUGUUGGAUCACAUAAAGUCAACGGUGUCGCUGAAUUACAUUCGGACCUGAUCAAGACUACAAUCUUCAAAGAUUUCGUUAAGAUUUACGGUGUCCAUAAAUUCACCAACGUUACCAACGGUAUCACACCUAGACGUUGGUUGAAGCAGGCCAACCCCAAGUUGGCCUCGCUUAUCAGCAAAACUCUCAACGACCCAGAGGACAAAUUUUUAUUAGAUAUGUCGAAGUUAACAGCGUUGCGGGAUCUCGCUGAGGACGAAGACUUUCAGGAGAAAUGGAACGACGUGAAGCAGUUCAACAAGCUCCGUCUGGCAGAUUUGAUCAAAGAGCUGAAUGGUGGCGUAGACAUCCUUGAGCGCGAUCAUAUUCGCAACACACUCUUUGACAUUCAGGUCAAAAGAAUUCAUGAGUACAAACGGCAACAGCUAAACAUUCUCGGUGUUAUCCACCGUUACCUUUCUAUCAAAGAGGCACUGGCAUCAGGCGUUAAAUUCGAAGAGGUGGCCAAGAAGUUCCCUCGGAAAGUUUCAAUAUUUGGUGGUAAGAGUGCCCCAGGGUAUUACAUGGCCAAGUUGAUUAUCAAGCUGAUCAAUUCCGUUGCUGAAGUGGUCAACAAUGAUGAGGAACUGUGUGACAUUUUGAAGGUCGUUUUUAUUCCUGAUUACAAUGUCUCAAAAGCUGAAAUCAUCAUUCCAGCUAGCGAUCUCAGCGAACACAUUUCUACUGCGGGCACGGAAGCUUCCGGGACUUCAAACAUGAAGUUCGUGAUGAACGGAGGCCUCAUUAUUGGCACUGUGGAUGGCGCUAAUGUGGAGAUCACUCGUGAGAUUGGAGAGGAGAAUAUCUUCCUGUUUGGCAAUCUGAGCGAAAACGUCGAAGAAUUGAGGUACGCGCAUCAGUACCAGCCUCAGAAGCUACCUCAAAGCCUCGAAAAGGUUCUGAAUGCCGUGGAGAGCGGCGCUUUCUCGCCGGACUCCCCCUCCGAGUUCCAGCCUCUGAUUGACAGCAUCAAGCACCACGGAGACUACUACUUGGUCAGCGACGAUUUCGACUCUUACGUCGCUACGCAUGAACUUGUCGACGAGUUGUAUCACAAGGACAAGAAGUCGUGGCUCAAGAAGAGUAUUUUGAGUGUCGCAAAUGUUGGGUUUUUCAGCAGUGACCGCUGCAUUGAGGAGUAUGCGGGUACCAUUUGGAACACAGAGCCCCUAAAGCCAGAGUAG